AUGGAGAUAUGCCCCGCUCACAAUGAGCCAACUUUAUCCUUUACCCAAGGCCUUAUUGUUGGGCAGCUAUCGGUAGUGCUGAUCCUAGCGGCAUUCAUUAAGUUUUUCAUCUUCGGCGAUCCGCCAUCACCCGACAUCACGGCCACUCUAAGGGCGACGGAGAGGAGGUCCAGGACUCUGGCUCACAAGCAGUCCCUUCUCAGCCUUCGCAGACCCAGCAGCCGUCAUGGCCAGCCUCCCGGGCGCAAGAAGUCGAUGGUCCUGCGUAACCCGUCCACCCUGACCAUUGGAUCCAUCCUCAGCAAGACGUACUACAAUGUCGACAGCCACCAGCCAGAGAGUCUGGAUUGGUUCAACGUGCUGAUUGCCCAGACGCUGGCCCAAUUUCGCAGCGAUGCGCAGCACGACGACGCCAUCCUUGACUCGCUGACCAAAGCGCUCAACGCUCCCUCAAGGCCGGACUUUGUCGACGAGAUACGAGUCACGGAGCUGAGCCUGGGCGAGGAAUUUCCCAUAUUUAGCAAUUGCCGCAUCAUCCCCGUCGAUGAGGAUGGGCUGGGCCUCGGAAACGGGAGCAAAUUCGAUCCUGCCACCGCGGCCCGCGACGGCACGCGCCUCCAGGCUCGCAUGGACGUGGAUCUGAGCGACAUGCUCACGCUAGCUGUGGAGACGAAGCUCGUCCUCAAUUACCCUAAGGCACGCUCUGCCGUGCUCCCCGUCGCCCUCUCCGUGUCCAUUGUGCGCUUCAGCGGCACACUGUCAAUCUCCUUCAUCCCUAGCAACUCGUCUCAGUCGACACCGACCAUGAUGACUUUUAACUUCCUAGAUGAUUACAGGCUCGAUUUUUCGAUACGAAGCCUGCUGGGCAGCCGGUCGCGCCUACAAGACGUGCCUAAGAUUGCCCAACUCGUCGAGGCACGGCUUCAUCGCUGGUUCGACGAGCGGGCUGUCGAGCCGCAGUUCCAGGAGAUUGCACUGCCUAGCCUGUGGCCGAGGAAGAGGAACACUAGGGGACCUGAUGAUGGCAUGACCGAGAACACUACAUCUAUUGGUCGGUCAAAGGGUAAGGACAUUGGUCGUGAGCUUCGCGAGGAAGCUCGCAAGGAAGUGGCGGAAGAAGAAAGAGUGGGCGAGCCUAGUUUAUUACGCCAGCGCAGGCGCGCAAAGGAAGAUGACGAGUUUUCUAUGCCGGGAUCUAUGCCCGGAUUUGCCUUGGAUGUACGGCCUUAG